AUGCCCGACGACGAAUACGCCUCCGUCGUCCGCGGGGGCCUCAAACUCAAAGGCGGCGCGCCCGCCGGCAUCAGGAAGAAAAAGAAGAGACCAAAGACGAGCACCAACGAAACGUCCAACGCAUCCAAGAAAUCAGCCUUGCAGUCUGCGCUCGAGGAGGAGGGAGACGCCGUGUCCUCGCAGGCUGUCGUGACAGGGAAGGGUAAGGCGAAGAAGGGUGGGGAGGAGGAGGAGGAGGAGGAGGAGGAGGAGGAGGAGGGGAUUGACGAGGAGCGCUUGAGGGGGUUGGAGGAGCGGCGGUGGGGGGGGUUACUUGAGCGUCUGCAGAAGGAGGGCGUCAAGACGCACAAGGAGCGAGUAGAGGAGCUGAAUAGAUACCUCUCGAAGCUGUCCGAGCAUCACGACAUGCCUCGCAUCGGACCCGGAUAA